AUGGCGGACGGGGACAGCGGCAGCGAGCGAGGCGGUGGCGGCGGGUUCGGGACCGCCCGCGGCGGGGCGGGGGGGGCCGGCCCGGCCGCGGGGCCCGGCGGCGGCGGCGCGGCCGGCCCCGAGCAGGAGACGCAGGAGCUGGCGUCCAAGCGGCUGGACAUCCAGAACAAGCGCUUCUAUCUGGACGUGAAGCAGAACGCCAAGGGCCGCUUCCUCAAGAUCGCCGAGGUGGGCGCGGGCGGCUCCAAGAGCCGCCUCACGCUCUCCAUGGCUGUGGCCGCUGAGUUCCGCGACUACCUGGGCGACUUCAUCGAGCACUACGCGCAGCUGGGCCCGUCCAGCCCCGAGCAGCUGGCCCAGGCCGCGGGGCCGCCGGGCGAGGACGGCGCCGGGCCCCGCCGCGCCCUCAAGAGCGAGUUCCUGGUGCGGGAGAACCGCAAGUACUACCUGGACCUGAAGGAGAACCAGCGCGGGCGCUUCCUGCGCAUCCGCCAGACCGUGAACCGCGGCCCCGGCGGCCCGGGGGGGUUCGCGGGAGGCCCCCCCGGGCUGCAGAGCGGCCAGACCAUCGCGCUGCCCGCCCAGGGCCUCAUCGAGUUCCGCGACGCCCUGGCCAAGCUCAUCGACGACUACGGCGGCGAGGAGGACGAGCUGGGUGGCCCCGGCGGCGGCGGCCCGGGCAGUGGGGGGCUCUACGGGGAGCUGCCCGAGGGCACGUCCAUCACCGUGGACUCCAAGCGCUUCUUCUUCGACGUGGGCUGCAAUAAGUACGGGGUGUUCCUGCGGGUCAGCGAGGUGAAGCCGUCCUACCGCAACGCCAUCACCGUGCCCUACAAGGCCUGGGCCAAGUUCGGCGGCGCCUUUUGCCGCUACGCCGAGGAGAUGCGUGACAUCCAGGAGCGCCAGCGGGACAAGCUCUACGACCGGCGCGCCGGCCCGCCGGGACCCGGCAGCGGCAGCGGUGCCGGUGACGACUCCGACGGCGACGACGUGGACGACGACUGAGUCGAUCUCCCCAGCCCUCGACCCCAACGCCGGCCCCCCACCACCCCCUUCGAGCCCCGGGGCUGGGGGUCCCUAAUCCCCACUCCCAGUGAUGGGGCAGAGGGGUCCCCGAUCCCCCUCCAACAGCGAUGGGGCGAAGGGGUCCCCAAACCCCCCAUGUCCCAACUCCCAGCAAGGGGACAAAGGGGUCCCCGAGCCGCCCCGCCCCCCUCACCCAAGCAGUGGUGGAGCACGGGGUCCCUAAGCCCCCCGAGCCCCCCCUCCUGCUGCCACCGGAGAGAGAGAAACCGGCCCGACCGUGCUGCCACCUGCGGCUUCCCCACCCCCUCCCCUGCUCCCACCAUGGGACCCCUAGCCCACGGGACUCGCUGCUUUUGGGGGGGGGCAGGGGUUCACCCGCAGCCACCUCCCGGUGCCCCCCCCAUCAAAACCAGCACCCGAGGGCCCCGAGCUGAGCAGCAGAGCCUGGGGUGGCGGGGGUGGGGGGAGCAGCGGAGGCACCUUGGACCAACGGCCGUUCCCUCGGCUUGUGAUUUUUCCUUCAUUUUCCUUUCUUUUUCUUUUUUUUGCUUUUAUCCUCUUUCCUCUUUUUUUUCGGUGUUUUUUUUCUUUUAAUUAUUUUUUUGUUUGUUUGUUUGUUUUUGCGAUGCAAACUCCGGGCGCCCAAACUGGAAUCUGCCCCGAGCUGGUAGCUCCCUGAUAAUUAGGGAAGAUUUCCUCGGUUUUGCCGAUUUCUGACCGUUUUCCCCCACUCCCUGUUUCCCACCAGGAAGGGGAAGGCGCUGGCACAAAGCACAAGGAAAAACUCGAUGGGGCAAACCAUCUUCCCCCUUCUCUCCAAAUAAGGCGCCUCCGGCCCCGUUUCACCAGGACCCGCUGGAAUCUGCCCCUUGACUUCACCCAGUUUGGAUUUUCCAGUCCCAAAUCUGUGGCCAUGCCCGGCCCCAGCACCUUGGGGGUGGAUUUUGGAGGUUUAUUGUUAUUUUUUGCCUCCUUUUGUCUUUUUUUUGCCUCCUUGGACGUGGCCCUGGCGCAGCCUGGUCCCUCCAGCCACCUCCUAUUAAACACAUUUUUCCACUCUCAAAUAGUCAUUUUUAAAAAUUCUUUUUCACUCCCUCAGCUCAGUCCUGCCCUGUCCAGAAUUCCAGUUUUUCACCCCUUUUUCCCAUAACUCUGAACUCCAUCACUCUCAUUCCAAGGUUUUGCCUCUUCUCCAACGGUUCCACCACUUUUAGGACUUUCCUUUUUUUUCCUUUUAAUCCAUUUUUGGGAGCCCGAUCAGCUGCCUCCUUAAUUUAUUACCAUGGAUCCGGCAUCUCCCUCUCUCCAUAUUUAUUGGGAAGUGAGGAACAGCCAUAGACCCCUGGGGGAUGCCCCGUGCCGUAGGGACACCGCUGUCCAUCCGUCCAUCUGGCCCCAUCCUGCUGCUUCUGCUGCCGUUGCUCUUUUUAAAGGGAUUUUUAAAGCUAAUUUCUUCCGUUAAUCCCGUUUUUAAGCCUUCUCCGUCGCAAAGGACCUGGAUCCCUCACUUACUCACAUGGGAGCAAUAGUCCUUCCUCGAUGGCCGAUGUGUCUGUACUGUAUUUUGUACCCUCAGGCAGCUCUUUCUGGUGAAUUCCUGCUGUAUCCACCCAUCCUCCUGGUCCUGUGUUCUUUGCCACGGAGAAAAACCAUAAACCACGACAGCGACGAUGGAUUUGGGGGGUAAAAUGCUCCCAGCUCUGCGGGACUCACCAGCGUCCAGCCGCGGGACCUGUCCUUUUAUUUUUGAAGAGGAUGAGAUAGAUAUAUAUAUAUAUAUAUUAUAUAAAUAUAUAUAUAUAUUCCUUUGGGUUUCUUUCUUUUGGCUGAAUUGCGGUGAUUUGGCCUUAUUUCUACUUCGGGAGAGCGGCGGAAUCGCUGCCGGCCCGGCCCAGCUCUGGGGAGCUGGCUAGAAUUUCAUGGAAGAGGAGAAAAAAAAAAGGCAAAACCACCAAAAUCCAGUAAUAAAUCAAAAAAAGCAGCUCCCAGCAUUGGCUCAGGGAGCCUUUCCUGGCCAGAGAAGGGCUGGAUCCAUGGACACAACCUCCCACAGCUCCAUUUGGGUGGGAAGAGCAGAGCACAUCAGGGGAAGACAGCAGAAAAAACAGCCAAAAUGGAAUAAAAUAGGGAAGAAAGGGGAUUUGAAGUACCAGCUAGAGUGAGGGGAGUAGCCAUGGGGGCUGCCAUGGGAAAGGGGAUCUUUGGGGGGCGACUUUGGGUUUUUUUCUCUUGGGAGCCCCCUAGGAGCCGUUGGGUGUUUCCCAGGAAAGCGGGACAAUGCCGGCAUCUCCCCUGAACCCCCUUUCCAUCCUUGUGUGUAUAGACAUGGCUGUGUGUACAUAGCUCAGAUUUGGUUGGGUUUUGAGUUGAAAUUUGUAGAAAAUGGGCAAAUUGCUUUUUUUUUAAUUAUGAUUUUUAAAUCACAAAUAGGGGGGGAAAUAGCCCAAAUUCCUGGUACUUCUAGCUUUGCUGCACCAGAGGGGCUGAUGGAGAAUGCAGUGAUGGCUGUACAGACAGAAUAUUGGAAGUCUCAUACAACGCCCCAAAACCCACUGGAAAAUACCCCAGAUGGCUGGGUCUGGAGCAGGUGGUGCUUCCAGGGCAAGUUCAAACAGCUUCAAUUCUUUUUGCCCUAAAAAAUAUGGAAGAAAAUUCGGAUUCUCCUGCCUUGUUUCCAGGCAAUUUGGGGGCAUUGGGGGAUGGUUUUUGGGGACCGUGCCAGUGGCAACUCCUCACACUGGUGACAAAACCAACCCAGUCCCUCACUGGCCUCUCAUAAAAAAAAAAAGUGGGAAAAAAUCACAAAAAAAUCCCUGGAAAAGAUUUUUAAAAAGCAUCUGAGGGAGUACUGGGGGUAUGCAUGGUGGUAUACCAUGAAGCUCAGCAGGUAUUCCCAGUAGGAAGUCCCAGCUGGCUCCAUGGAUGUUCCCAGAUGUUCCUGCAGGGCAAGGCCUGGCCAUGGGUGCCAUUGCCCUCCUCAUCCUCGCGAAGCCAGUAGAGCCAGUGGCACUGGGGCCAAGCCAUGCAGAGUUGGGGUUGGGUGUUAGCAGGAGAACCCACAUCCAGGCACAACAGCUGGAGAGGAGCACGGGACAGCCUGGAACCCCUGGGGGGUUCUCGCCUCAGAACAGUGGCUUGGAGCAGGUCCAGCACAGGUCAGCACAUGGGUCAGCCCAACCAGGAGGCUGGGACAGCAUCAGUGGGGAGAGCCCUUGAUCCUCCUGCAAGAGCCAGGUGCUCCUAGAGUUGGAUUCUCUGACAGCUGGGUCCUCCAAGAAUUGUAUCCUCCAAAAGCUGGAUCCUCUGAGUGCCCAAUUUUCCUCCAAGAGCUGGAUCCUCCUCCAAGAGUUGGAUCCUCUGAGUGCCCGAUCCUCCUCCACGAGCUGGAUCCUCCUUCAAGAGUUGGAUCCUUCGAGAACUGGAUCCUCCAAGAGCUGGAUCCUCUGAGCACCACAUCCUUCUCUGAGUGCUAGGUCCUCCUCCAAAUUGGAUCCUCUGAGUUGGAUCCUCCAAACACUAUACCCUCCUCUUCGAGCUGGGUUCUUCUGCAAGCAGCAGAUCCUCCUCGGAGAGUUGGAUCCUCUGAGAACUGGAUCCUAUGAAUGUUGGAUCCUCCUCCGAGCACCGGGUCCUCAGAGCAGCAGAUCCCAAGAGCGCCACCUCCCUCCCUGAGCGCUCGCCAUGACGUCCCUUUGCCGAAAAGAGAAAAAAAAAAGUUUUAUUCCUGUUAUUUUUUUAAUGAAAGAAAAACAAAAACUAAAGCAAACCUGCACUUUAGGUGGCCGGGGGGGCUGGGGCCCCCGUGUCCCUUCCCUGCGGCCGGCGGGGCGGCUCCAGGGGCCGGAGGCAGGUCCUGGGUGUUACCACUAGCGCAGACGAGGCCGACGCGACGAACUCCUCCUGCUCCGAGCACUCCUGACGUAGCAGAUUUUUGCAAAUGGAGUUUUACAGUCUAUAUUUAAAGAAUUGUAUGUUUGUAACAAAUAAAGUAUGCGGAAAAGUGAAUGAAAAUCAGCCCAGGCCUGACUUGCUCUUUGGGGGUGCCAUGGGGGGCCCUGGAGGGUGGAGCUGAUUCUACCAUUGGUGGUGAGGAGUAGGGUCACCCUGCAGCAUUGCAGGGCCAUGCAGAAUGUCCUGAAGGCAUCAGGGGCACAAACAGGGAACAUGGAGUCCCCCACCUUGUCAUGAGGGGAACGCCUGACUCAGGGGAGCUGGGGUGUCAGGUACCAGCACAAUGGGGAGGGAGGUUUGGCAUGGCUUAGGCAUGUUGUGUCACAGCUCAGGCUGGUGUGUGCACAGGUAUAAUGUGUGUGUGGGUGUGUGUGAAGCGAGUGUGAGGUGUGUGUGGGUGUGUGUAAGGUGUGUGUAAAGUGAGUAUAAGGCAUUUGUGCCAUCACAUGGCUGCCAGUUGUGG